UAAUACAGUCAAAUACAAAAAAGCACUUGGCCAGUACGGGGAUCGAACCCGCGACCUUGGCGUUAUUAGCACCACGCUCUAACCAACUGAGCUAACCGGCCAACUCAUUGAAGCUGCUGGAGAAGUCAGUGUCGAAACCUCGUUUUAACCAAUGGAAUACAAGUCAUCUAAGCACUACCGUAUGUCGUAUAAUAUAAGGACCGGGCACUGUUGGGUGAAUUAUGAUUCAGCGCAGAGCCUUAGUCCCUGUCACUCAUUCCUAUGACAUAGGAUCAGAGCUGCUGAAAGGAAAUGGCGGGGAGAAGCAGGGAGUGUAACAGAACGUUCCUUUACACGUGUAACAAGUCCCGUCUGUCCCUCAGCAACUGCACAGACACCACAGCUUUGCCAAUGAGGCUCCCCAAACUUUAGUCAGUGACGGGCGCGUAUGAAUACACCGCAGUGAUAAUGCUACAGGGUAUCUUCUAAUAGAGGCGCACGAUACACUGCAGCACAGAAACAAGUCCCUCUAGGAGGAGGAAGACAGCGGCUGUUUGGGGUGUAGUUAGGCCCGCCUCCUUUUCACAUGAGCUCAACCCCAGGGAUUUCGAUUAUUUUUCCCGCUCUUCCCUUAUUGGACAAGCCAGGCUUUACCCCUUCAAUGGCUGCCCCCAUGGCUACACAGCAGCUUGUUUAUAUAAACUAUAGUAGUACUUAUCUGUUAUUUAUUAUUUAUUUCGAUAAAUAACCCCCUCAUUGUCCAUUCCCAACCUGGCAUGAUAUUUUUUUGUAUUUCUCUAACAUAGGGAACAUGGGAUGAUCCAAAGUUGAAUGCAUUUAGGGUAGUGGUGAUUUCUAUCACUAGGCAAGAAUUGUAUCACCAAAACACACUUAAUUGAUGACAACUACUUCCAAUUUUACUUAACGGGAGAAAUGCCUCCCCUGGCACAUGUUGCUGUUCUACAAGAUAGAGCAAGAUUUUUUUUCUUUUUUUUUCCAUCCUUUUUAUUGGUUUUUCAGAAAAGAUUUUUUUGUAUUCUUGAGCUGUACUAUCUGUGCCAUAAGACUUGUUUAAUUUCCAUUUACAAGAAUGUGAAGUGGCUGCCCAUGGUUCAUUGCUUCAGUUGAGUUGAGUUGAGUUGGUGAUGGGGAAGCUUUGUGUGACACUGGUGCAGAACAACGUAAGUGCUGACCAUGAAUAUCCAGCUAUAGGAUCUAAUGGACAGGAUAGUGAUAGUUCUCACUGAAUCCAGUUCAUCAAACAGAGUUCGGUGCCGCCAAACAUUCCUUGUCUUCACAAAUUAGAACAGAUUACUCUGGAGAACCAUGGUCAUCAAACAAGUGUUCUUUUAUUAAAUUGCUCUACAUGUUUCAGAUCUAACUGGUCCUUCCUCAGGUGUCACCUAUAGGAUCUAUUAUCCAGAAUGCUUGGGACCUGAGUUUUUUCUUUCAGAUGAGGGCUCCCAUACCUGUAGAAGUAUCUUCAGACAAUAAACUGAUGUGUCCACUUUAAGUUUUCACUGAUAUAUUUUUGUUCUUCCUCCCAUUGUACAGAUACAGUCAUGGCUGCCCCCCUCCCACAUGUGGAGAUGAUAGAGCAGCCAAAGCAGCGAGGGAUGCGAUUUGGUUACAAGUGUGAGGGGCGCUCUGCUGGAAGCAUUCCUGGGGUACGAAGCACAGACACAACAAAAACUCACCCCACUAUUAAGUGUUCCGGAGAAAGUGAGAAUUGCUGGCAGCAUAGUGGCUAUUCUCUUUCUUUUCAUUAUAACUGCCGUCCUGGUUAAAGUGGAGAUGUCCCCACAGAGUUUCUUCGAUGUCACAAUGGCUACAAUCUGGUUUAUCAAUGCGUCUCUUUGGCCUAUUGAGUCUCCUUCCUCAGACCUACAGCAGUCUCUUCCUCAGUGGACAGGGCAUGGCGGCUACUUUUGCUGCACUGGCAAUGCUGUUGUCCAUGUCCACUCCAAGAGUUUCUCCUCUGCACUCCCCCGUUCUCUCUCUUACUCUGAUUCCCUCGAUUGCACUCUAAUGAAAUGAAUUUCUAAAGCGACUUUGAUUGAACAAGUCUCUGCAAAGCAGUCAUGUGGGGAAGAAGAGCCAAAGAAAAGCUGUAAGAGGAGAAAAGGAGGGAGGAGAGAGCAUGGAAAUGAUGAGUGAACAAGGAGCCGCGUGUAUCCCUUGCAACACCCUAAGGGUUAGUCACCCGGUGAACACCCAUGGGGGAGGCAAAAAGAACAAGAAAGAGAAUCUGGACUCACUGUCCCAGGCCGGAGCAAGGCAAGGAUGACUGAGCCAGUAUACGAUUUCCCCUAUCAGGAAUUCUCUCCACCCAUAAUCCGCAAGGGGUCACCGACAUCAGUGAACAUCACCGACAGGCUGCUACUCACUCAAAGCCUUUGGCUCCACCGCACGGUCAACUCAGCAACUGCCCUGCAUAUAUUGCAACGGGAGCCUCCGGGGACAUUCCUCGUGAGAACGUCCAAUACUCGCCAGCAGAUGGUUUUAUGUGUGCGACUGUCAGAUGAUUGUGGACCAAGCUUCAUUCAUCAGGCAUAUAUACAUAAUAGCCCUGCAGGCAUUUACUUGGAAACGUCAGAUAUCACCUUCCCUGAUUUGAUAAGGCUUGUAUCUCACUACAGCACUGAAACGGAUGUUCUGCCAUAUACACUCAGGCUUCCGGCAGCUAUAGAAAAAGUAAAGUCCAGAAAGCAAUUAGAAGCCAUUUCUCAUCUGGGUCUUGAGUUCUGGAGGUCUGCCCUCAAUGCACGUGACCCUCUGUUAUCUUCAGCAAGUCCUUCUCCAUUGCCAUCUCCUCCUCUUCCUCCUUUUCCGUCUCCAAAUUCUCCUGACAUCCCAGACAUAAUUACUCCAAAUCUCAUUCCUUCCCUUAAGACACGCAGCCCACUGGAAGUUUCUAGUGGUGGAGGUGAAGGAGCCCUCUGUUUUUUUAAUCCAUUAUUUAAACCCAAGGACUCUGGCGCACUCAAGCGUUCUCAGUUUCAAAGGAGCAUUAAAGUUAGGGUGUCAACAGAAAACUCAGGGUCCUUGUCACCACCCAUAAAUCCACCUCCACCUGUACCCUCACAAGAGGUAGUGAAAGAGGAAGAAGAUGAGCGAAUAGCACCUUUGUUGGCUUCUCAGGAGGCUGAAACUGAACAGUGUCAACUAUCAGCAGACCAAGAGUACAGAAAACCAAGGUCAUCUCUUAGACAACGUCUGAAAAAAAACUUAAGCAAAGGCAGUAUGGAGCUUGGAUUAAAGAUAUCACAGUUGCGCUCCACAGAUGGUGGGGACUACAAGGUCCCUGUGCCAGUAACAAGGCAACAAGAGUCAAAGGAAACAGAAGUAUAUAGCUCAAAUGGUCUGUCUCCUUUGGAAGUGCAGGACAGUGGAUCCAGUAGUACUGAAGAGGGAACAUCUGAAGAUUUUGGAAAGUUUUCUCCCCAACUUACAAGGAGGAAGAAAAAGAAAAAAAAUGGGCGUUCCUCUUUUCGAGCAGUCAGUGGGGCCUUCCUGUCACUGCUUUCCCCAGAAAGGAAAGUUCUUAUAUACAUAGAAGAAAUGUCAACAGACAUCCAAACAGAAUUUGGAAAGGAAUUACAAGAAUUUCUGAGGAGAGUGUCAGAUGGAGGAAGUAUAAUUGGAAAAGAGAAGGAUACAGAGGAUGAAGGAGGAUCAUACAAAAGACUAUUGACGGAGGUGAGGGAUUUCAUGGAUAAGAUGAAGCAUAUCUUGAGGGGAAGCGCAGAGUUACAACUAGAGACACUUUCUCUGGAAGAACAAGAUCGAGUUUUAGAAAAGUCCCUUCAUCGCCUAAUCUUGAAGCCACUGAACUCUCUUCUUGUGUCCGAGAUCCAUAAGGGAGUGGAAGAAAGUGGAGAGCUGGAGAGACUUGGAAAGAAUAUGCAAACAGUGAGGAAUGGGGGGUCAUCCCUUCUUGGUGUCAACCUGGCAGCGCCAACAGCUCCAGAACUGGAAAAGAUACGGCACAAACUGCUGAGAAUGCAAGAAAAAUAUUCACCAUGUGAUAAAGUCUGUCUUUUGCUGCAAGCAUGCAGACUUGUCUACAAAAAUAUUGAUGCACAAGAUGAUACAUGUGGAGCAGACGAGUUUCUCCCUGCCCUGUGCUAUGUGCUGGCACUAUGUGACCUACCUCAGCUGCUCAUUCACACCUACUACACAGGAGAGCUGCUGCCUCCAGAAACCCUGGUUGGGGAAGGGGGAUAUUAUCUCACUAGUGUGUCAGCCUCGUUGUCUGUUCUGUCUUCAUUACACACUCAAGCAGCAGAUAUUGGGCUUUCGUUAAGUGAAUGGCACCGCAGGAGACAAGGGUUGCCUUCCCUCAAUGACUUACAGAAUUUUCUGCGUGUUGCUUAUCAAGACCCAGUAAAUGGCUGCACUGCUAAAACUAUCCUUCUACGCCCCUCUCAGACAGUGGCCGAUCUCAAACAUCUCUGCGCCCUUAAAUUCAAGCCAAACAACCCCGAGGACUAUGCCAUCGUCCUUCACUGUGGUGAAACUCAGCAAUUGUUGUUUCCAGACUCCCAACCUCAGCAGAUAAAGGCUCAGCUAAAAGAAAAGGGAUCCCAUUUUUAUUUUUGUUACCAGAGUCUGGAAAAGGAGAGCAGCGCCAAAAAAGAUACUCCAGAAGAAUUGGGGAAUGACCGUUAACUAUGUCCACCUUACACCUAACGUCUGUGUACUGUUGGCCGUCUUCAUCAUUUAUUUAUAUAGAGUCUAAAUUACACAACAAUCCUAUAACACAUAUGUAUUUACAAUAAGGAAAAAUAGAAAUAUCCAAAGACUGAUAUAGGUGUCAUUUGCCACCAUUUUAAGCUUCUAAUCUGAAAUGCAAAUACGUGGCACAAUGCUGAAUAAUUGACCUACUCAUCUCCCAAGCACUUUUAUUUUAUUAUCCUUUAUUUCCUUUGUAGUUCCAACAUGUUUUAUGCCACUCUUUAUAGAAAGUCUGCAUCGUCACAUCAGUCCUUUGACCUAGUGGAGCUUCAUUUAAAGGGAUACUGUCAUGGAAAACAUUUUUUUUUCCAAAAUGAAUCAGUUAAUAGCGCUGC